AUACGUUAACAUGUGCUAUCUGAACAUGUUUCUUUCAUCACUCAUUGUUGAGUCGCACAGUGAUUUGGAUUUAGCAAAUUCAGAAAUCUGAGCUCAUCUGCAGUGCAAUCACAUACAUACACAUAUGUAAACUUACAUCUGAAAUAGUGCGGUUGCUUGUCACGUGACCCUUAACUAAGAGAAUCAAAGCUAGACGGCGUCCGAAAGCCCCUAAGUUUAUAAAAGAGAAUUUAUGUCCUUUGAGGACACUUCCUGUUCAGUAUUCGAUGGCAACGGAUCAUUAGGAAAUCGUCGUAUUUUAGAAAAUAGCAUUAUGGACGAAAUGCAAGCGAUAUUUGACGAAAUAGAAGAAUGCGAAAUGAAGAAUAAAAGGGACGAAGAGGAUGUGUCGACCGAAGGGAAGAAGACUUCUUCGUCGUUAAUUAAAGAGAUUCAAUCUUCACUCUUGAAACAACUUGAAGAGACUCAAUCUUCACUCUUGAAACAACUUGAAGAAAGACAAAAGAUUAAAAGGAGAUUAAAAAUUUAUUACCCAGAACUCGAAUUCAAGGAAAUAGACUUAGAAACCUUGAAGAAAGAUUUGAUGGACGUGAAUGCAUUUGCGCGUGCAUUCAAAAAGAUUGUUUGGGGAAAAAAUGCGAUAGAAAAUUGGACACAAGAGGUGACUGCAAUGCCAAAAGAGUGUCCAUUAUUAGAAUUAUCAAUUGAGAAAGAAACGGAAGAAAUGGAAAGCAGUGAUACGAAAGUGAUACAGAAAGAUACGAAAAGCAAGGAAAGUAUAAACAGAACAGAAUUAGACAAAUAUACAUUUGAAGAAUAUCUAAGUAUGCUACUUCAACGCAAAUGCAGUAAACUGCUUAAAAAACACGAUCAAUAUGUGCAGCAAAUAGAAGAAAAGUCAAAGGACCUAAAUAACAAAAUAGAAUUUCUAAGUGAAAUGCAUGAACGUUUGCAAAUAAAAUUCAACAACAUAAAAAAGGACGACUUAACAAUGUACGGACAUACUUGCGGAACGCUUUUGACAAAAUUGAUGAAGCGAGAUCCUCAGCUACGUAAUGAAGUUUACGUCUCGUACAAAAAACAAUAUAAGGGACAAAAGGAGGCUGUAAAAAAAAGAGAUAAAAUAUUAGAAGAAGGUACAAAAUGGUCCUACCCUGGAAAGUGUAUCACAACACAGAAAGAUAUUGAAGUUUCGUAUCAGAAGCAAUGUGAUGAAAACUUACAAACUGUAAAAUCACUAAUAAAAAUUGAAUAUGCAAGUCUAUUACGCAAAAUGGUUACAAAAAGUUUGCAAGAGGGCAUGUCACUCAAAGAUUAUCGUUUGAAAUGUACAAAAGAAGAUUCUGAGAUGCUUAAUAAAAUUCCAGGCCCGUUUCUAUUCAAGGAAGAGUUUAAUUGUCGAAAGGACUUUGUAAAUGAAAUAACAGAUAAUCUAGAAAAUUUAUUUUUGCGAUAUGAUUACCUACAGAGUGAUAUAAAAUGUACAGAAAAUGUUGUCGGUGAAAUGAAAAAGAAUGUGAAGAUCGAGCUUAAACACAGGAAGACGCCUUGGUAUACGAUAAAUAAUCCUAAAAUACGAGCUCAAGUUAGACAAGUUCAAAUUUCGUAUGAAAAGCAGCGUCAAGAACUCUUGUUCUUGAGAGCUAAAAAAUACGCAAACCUCAUGUUAGAGGAAAUAAAGGCAAGUGAAGAAGGAAAGAAAAGCUGUAAAAAAUUAUUACGGAAAGAUAAGAUAAAAAAGGAAGCUGCAAUGAAAAUACAUGACAUACAGAAAGAUACGGAAAACUCGUUCAAGGAACAGAUAUCUGAGUGUGAAAUGUCCUCUUAUCGCAUGCCUACAGAGAAUAGUGAGCAUGAAAGUUUCUUGUAUCUGGGAAACCUUGAAGAAAAUGUGAAAGAUCCACGGAUAGUAAGACGCAUGUUACAGAAAGGUGAACUACCGAAAAUGUAUGCGGCAAUUUUAACAAAGAAUAUGAACAGUUUAUAUAAGAACAUGUUAUUCAAACAUACAAUUCAUCGUCAUCAUAAUGACAACUAUACAACAAAAUUUAAGGAAAUAAUUGAAACAAAUGUAAAGCGGUAUAUAAACCGUCAUAAGAAACUAAACCAGUCUUUAGAGAUAAUAUUCAACAAAUUACUGAUAAUGGAAAACAAACUGAAUAAAAGACAAGUGGAUUUAGAAAAACUAAAGGAGAAAAUGGAAAAGUUGGAGAAGAACAUUUCAGUCAUAAAUGGGCAGCCUAGUAAAAAUAAUACACAAGAUAAUAUUUUAACAAAAACGUUGAGUAUACCAAAUGUGGACAGAACGCUAGAUCCUGAGAUUAAAGACUCGUACAAAACACAGGCUGAAGAUGAAGAGCGCGCUUUAGAAAAUAUAAAUAUACAAUAUAAUAUAAAUAAACGAUAUAAUUCUUUAUUUAAAAGUACCUCAAUGAGAAAAAAAUUGAAGAAGAUUCAUAAAAUAAAAAAGAAUUAUUUAAAAGAAAUAUUUCACAGUAGCUCACAGAAGACUAGGAAGUUUAAUGACAACGUGGAACAGAUAGAAACUGUUUUACAAGAGAACAAUGAAAACGAUGUCGAAUUAGAUGAGAAAGAGGCUUACUUUAUACCUUUGUUAAAGGAUGCGGAAGAGGACAGGCUCACUAAAUACAAAAUUUUGAAUGCACAAAAACCGAACAUGACAAACAGAUCUUCAGAAUUGGAAAACGAGAUCCAGAAUAUUAAACAGUUUAAUAUAAAUAACAUAGAAGAAAUCGUAAAGUUACAUUUUGCAAUUCAUGAAUUGCAAACUACAAUAAAAAAAUUAGAUAUCGAGUUUAACAACAUUAAAAGUCAUAAAAAACACGAUAAAUGCGAAAUUGGCAGAAAUGAAACGUUGAGAAGAACAGAAGAAUUGGAGAAAAAGUUUGCUUUGUGGCAAGAGUGUUAUAAGGAAAGUCAGAAGGUAUUGGCAACAGUGACGGCCGAUAAUCAAAGCAUAAAGUUGAAAAUGACAGAUUUCGAGAAGAUAUUUGAGAAAAAAAACAAAACACAGACUAAAGAAGAGCGCGCUUUAGAAAAUAUAAAUGAACAACUUAUUUCUUUAUUUGAUGAAAGUCUCUCAAUCAGAAAAGAAUUGAAGGAGACUUAUAAAAUAAAAGAGAAUGAUUUAAAAGAAAUAUUUCCCAGUAGCUCACAGAAGACUAGCAAGUUUGAUGACAACGUUAAAGAGAUGGAAAUUAUUUUACAAAAGAUCAAUGAAAACGAUGUCAAAUUAAAUAAGAAAAAGCCUCACAGCCAGGGCCGCGUUUGUAAAGUUUGCGCCACGGGACUUGUGAUUUUCGAGCGCCUCAAUCUAGCCUCCGAUGAGUGAACAGUAAAUAAUUAACAUUUUGAAUAUUAAUUAAAUUCUAUCGAAACACACUUAAGAAUAAGGAGAUAAUUGAAAAUGGAACAUUUUUUAUGAUUAUACAGAAGCUGCGGCGCCCAGGGGCUCAAGCCCCAAAAGCCCAUAGAUAAACGCGCUACUGCUCACAGCCUUACAACUUUGUUAAAGGAUGCGAGAGAGCAAUGGCCCAUUAAAUACGAAAUUUUUAAUGCACAAAAACCGAACAUGACAAACAGAUCUUCAGAAUCGGAAAACGAGAUCCAGAAUAUUAAACAGUUUAAUAUAAAUAACAUAGAAGAAAAAAUAAAACAGAAUAAUUUAGAAGAAAUAUUUUCCGGUAGCUCACAGAAGACUAGCAAGUUGUAUUACAUCAUAGAAUAGAUGGAAACUAUUUUGCAAGAGAACAAUAAAACCGAUAUCAAAUCAGAUAAAGAAAACGUUUCAACGUUAACAAUUUUCAACAAAAGAGUGGAGGAACUGAAUGAAAAACAGAAACAUAAAAGAACUUUAACAGAAAUAAGCAAAAUGCUGAAUAAAACUAUUGAUGAGAGUGAAGUUUUAUUAGAGCAAAAAAAUUAUUCUCAAUUUGAUUUAAAAAAGAACAUAAAGAAGAUUAGACAGCUUACUAAUCAAUUUCAAAAGAUUAAUCACAUGUAUGAUGCGAAGGAAACUCUCAGUAAAUUUGUAGAGUUAUUGUUAUAGUUGAAGAUUAUUUCUGAAUUUUCCGGCUUAAUAAAGGAAUUAUCAAACCAUAAAGACAAAAACAAGAACUUUAACAAAAAAUCUCCGAAAAUACUACCACCUCAAGUUUCAAAAGGAAAAUUAAAUAAAAUCGAUAAUAGAAAAUACGAAUGUGAGCUAACAAAACAAUUAGGAGAUACAUAGAGGUAUAUGGAUAACAAAUUGAUCGAUGUAGAACAAGUUGAAGCUAAAAUCAAAGAAACGCAUGACAGAAAUGAAUUAUAAACCAAAACCUAAUGGUUUUGAACUACUUCGCAUUUUGACAAUAUUAGACCUCUGUCAUUUUCAGCUUUAUGCUUUGAUUAUCGGCCGCACUGUUGCCAAUACCUUCUAACUUUCCUCGUAACACUCUUGCUACGAAGCAACCUGCUUCUCUAACUCUUCUGUUCUUCUCAUCAACGUUUUAUUUCUGCUAAUUUCGUAUUCAUCGUGUUUUUUUAUCUGACUUCUAAUAUUGUCAAACGACUUCGAGCUAAUUUUACGUUUCUAUUACGUAUGCAUUUAGUUCAAUAAUUAAUGGGUUUUGAAGAGAAGGAAAAUUUUGAUGUCAUUUGUAAAAGUAAUUGGAAAUCUCCAAAAUGCAUUUAUUGUUUGCGCGCUAGAACCGUCGACGCAGCUCAACAUUACAUUGUUACAGAAAAUAGUACAUGUUGUCAUAAGUAUAUGUUGCUUCCGUGAUGUAGUAACCCAUAUACUCCUCAAUUGUGUACAAAGAGGCAAAUAAAAUUAAAUAACACAUUAAAUAUAAAACAACGCAAAAAGAUGAUAGAUGAUAUUGUAAGAAGUCAAGUUCAUAAAAUGAAUUUUAUAGAAUUAAAUUUUUACAUUUUUAAAUAUAAAUUUUUUGGUACAAAAUUGGGACAUAAUUGUACAUAAUGUUUUAUCUAA